AACCUUUCCUCCUUGGGAAAGGAAUUGCAACUUCUGAGCUUCCUUUCAUCUUCACCAACACGCCGAUAUACCAAAGAGUAUCUUCACAAUUCUGCUUUUCAUACCUAUAUAUAUUAUCUGCAUUCUGAUAAUUUCACGGGAAACAAACUUAGUUUCAAGAAAGAAAAGAUACUCCUUUUGACACCAUUUUCAUUUAGCACAUUCUUUUGUUUGUAGCGUUGAGCCUGUACUAUACUAUAGAACAUGAACACCAUGAUCUCUUCACUAAAUCACUCGCACUCCACUUUCGCUUCUUCUGAUUUCCUACCCAGAAAGCGUUCAGCUCUUAAAACUCUAUUUUCUCCUCUACCCGUUAUUCAUAAUUCUCAAAAAGACCAUAACUUUGUCCCUUCAUUGACUUCAGAUAAGCCCCUUCACAUUUCUUCUGUCGAGAACUUUAAAUUUUCUGCAAAACCUUCACAAAAGAAGCCAGUGACUGUUUGCAAUGCCUAUGAAGCUGACCGGUCGCGGCCACUGGACAUUAACAUAGAGCUUCCUGACGAGCAGGCAGCACAGAAGAUCAAGAUUGGGAUAUACUUUGCUACUUGGUGGGCUUUGAAUGUGGUGUUCAAUAUUUAUAACAAAAAGGUCUUGAAUGCUUUCCCUUAUCCUUGGCUCACUUCUACGCUCUCCCUUGCUUGUGGGUCUCUCUUGAUGCUGAUUUCUUGGGCUACGAGGAUCGCUGAUGCCCCAAAAACUGAGUUCGAGUUUUGGAAGACUCUGUUUCCUGUUGCGGUUGCUCACACAAUUGGGCAUGUGGCUGCAACUGUGAGCAUGUCUAAAGUUGCAGUGUCGUUCACUCACAUCAUCAAGAGCGGCGAGCCUGCUUUCAGUGUUCUGGUGUCAAGAUUUCUGUUGGGUGAGACAUUCCCUGUGCCUGUUUAUCUAUCACUUGCGCCAAUUAUUGGAGGUUGCGCUCUGGCAGCUGUCACUGAGCUCAAUUUCAACAUGACUGGGUUUAUGGGGGCUAUGAUCUCCAAUUUGGCAUUUGUGUUUCGGAACAUAUUCUCAAAGAAGGGGAUGAAGGGGAAUUCUGUUAGUGGGAUGAACUACUAUGCUUGUUUGUCUAUUUUGUCUUUGUUGAUCCUUACCCCUUUUGCAAUAGCUAUGGAGGGCCCUAAGAUGUGGGCUGCUGGCUGGCAAAAUGCUCUUGCUCAAGUUGGACCCAAUUUUGUUUGGUGGGUGGCGGCGCAGAGUAUUUUCUAUCACCUAUAUAAUCAAGUUUCAUACAUGUCUCUUGAUCAAAUCUCUCCAUUGACAUUUAGCAUUGGAAACACAAUGAAGCGGAUAUCCGUCAUCGUCUCCUCCAUCAUCAUCUUCCACACCCCUGUCCAACCUGUCAAUGCCCUUGGAGCUGCCAUCGCAAUCCUUGGCACAUUCCUGUAUUCACAGGCAAAGCAGUGAAGGAAUCAAGAAUUCAAAGGUUUUGAUGUAAGCAUUAGAUGACAGAAGAGUUAGAAUGAAGAUUCUAGUUCGGCCGGAAUGAUUGGUGAUGGCUUUUGAUUGAAAAUUUUGGCAAUGGCUUUCAAUUAACAAUCACUGGUGAUGGCUUCUAGGCAAUCAAAGGGAAUCAACCUUGCUAAGGCAGUUAACUGCAGUUUCUUUUUCAAGAUCAGAGUGAUAAUCUGUAAUGUACUUAUAAUUGCUGGUGAAGUAGGUUGCAAUUUCCUUUCCUCUGUGUAAUGCCUUGAUAAUCAAUAAAGAAAAUUUUGGAGACCA